AUGGUUCGCUUUCGAUUUCGGUUCCAUCGGUUGCGGAAAUGUUUCCUCCGCACCAACAGCCUUUCUCCUGCUGGCAAGAAGAACAAGGAGCUAGCGCGGCUGAUAAAGCACCAGCAGGCGCAGUUCCACUCCGCGCUGCUCAUGCGCGGCAUGGUGGACGAGGGGCUGCUGCCGCGCCACCAGUACGCCGCCUUCACGCGCGACCUGCUGGGAGACGUGAUCGCCAGCACCGCGCACGACCAAUGGCCGCAGCUCACGCGCAGCAACCUCGUCUUCAUUCAGGUGCCCGGCAUCGCCUCUCUCUCCCCCCCUUCCCCCCUUCCCCCUCCACCCUCUCUCCAUCCCUCUCUCCCCCCCCCCCCCCCCCCCUCUCUCUCCCUCUCUCUCUCUCUCUCUCUCUCUCUCUCUCUCUCUCUCUCUCUCUCUCUCUCUCUCUCUCUCUCUCUCUCUCUCUCUCUCUCUCUCUCUCUCUCUCUCUCUCUCUCUCUCUCUCUCUCUCUCUCUCUCUCUCUCUCUCUCUCUCGCCCUAAACCCUCUCGCGCCUCGUCUCUCCCACCGAUCCCCACCAGUAAAUGCCCUUCCGCUUUUCCGCCUUUCCGCGCCGCACCUCCGCAGGACCUGUUCGAGUCGCACUGCAUAUCGCCAUCGGACUACCACGAGGCCAAGCUCGCGCUCAUCCACCGCCUCGCAGCGCAGGGGGCGGACAUAGACGACACGGAUUUCUACCUCGGAUCGGCCGGCCCCAACGCGCCAUCCGUCCUCCGCAACAGCCGGCCGUCCCUUCACAGCCCUCCGCCCUCCGGUCCUCCUCCUUUCUCUCUUGGCAAUUCUCUGCGCCGCAGCGCCGGUUCUAAGGGCGCGCUCUUGCGAGCAAGCCGCAGCAAGGGUCAGUUCCGCAAGCCUCGAAAGCAGCGCAGCGGGUCGGUGGCUGGCAGCGGGAGCGGCAACGGCAGUUGGGAGGGUGCAGGCAGCAGCCAGGGGUCAGGGGGCCGUGGGACGCGCGAGAACCCCAAACCCACUCUGCAGCGGCAGUUCGACGAGGCGGCGCUGGAGGGGUUGGGGGCGGAGGAAGGGCAUGAGUGGCCGGGAGCACAAGGUGAGGGGGACAGGCAGCAGGACGGCGCAGGAGACGCGCGGCAUGGAGGCAACGGCCCGGCAGUAGGCGCUGAGCGUGGCAGUGACACGGAUCCUGCUGCGCAUGCGCCCCAUCUCUCGGAACCUCCAAGGCGGCCGCCGCCACAGCAGCAGCAGCAGCAGCAGCAGCAGCGGCAACACCCGGAGCAGUACCAUGAGACGCAACGAGAGCAGCAGGGGGCAGGGCGGGGGGAGCGGGAAUGGGAGGCGGAAGCGGAGCAGGAGUACGUGGCGGUAGCGACGGAAGCGGACCUCACACCAGGCGCCACUCAUUUCGCCCGACCGCACGCCGAUCCUCCCCGCACCCCUGCUCCCACCUUUCCGCCUCCUCCGCCCCCACCCAGCGUCCCCGCUGCUGCAGCGGAGGAAGCGGCCGUUGCCAAACAGAGGGAGCCGUUGUGCGGCGCUGGGGAGAAAGUGAAUGGGGGGGGGGCGCGCAAAGUGUAUGGUGCGCCCCAGGGUUUGGCGGACGACACGUGGGGGCUUGGCUCUAGCGGCUUUGGCGACUCGUGGGGAGGCGCGCGCAACCGAGAGAGUGGACGAGAGGCGCAGGGUGGCGAAGCGGGUGUGACGAUGUACGCUGUAGGGAGAGAAAAGCGGGAGAAUAAGGCGGCUUCAAGAGCCGCGCCUGCGCCUGCGCCUGCGGACCCGCGUGUCCACCUGCAGGCGGAAGCAGGGAAGAAGCGCGCAACAGGGGCCGCCGUGCACAAGUUCCGCCGACCCAUGGCGGCUGCCGCAGGCCCUCCUCCCGCUGCGGAGCAGACGCCGCUGCAGGCCAUGCUGGCGGCGGGGUGGCGCCGUAUGUGGUCUGGUCGCGCGGAGAAAGGCGCGGUGCAAGGGGGGAAAGGGGCGGAGGCGGGGGAAGAGACGUGGGUAGAGGAGGUGGUGGUGGUGGAGGAGGUGGAGGCGGAGGAGGAGGUCAGGCGGCCAGCGAGAGGCGCGAUGGCGAGUGGCGCAAGGCAACAGGAGAGCUCAGGGGAGACUCUGCGGGGCGACGACGGGGGCGGAGGGGGAGCGGGAGGGGCAGGGAUGAGGACUGCGGGAGCGGCGAGGGAACGCAGUAGGCAGGAGUGUGGAACGAGCGGUCAAACCGCGCGAGAUGCGGAGGGGAUGCAGUGGGUUCACCACGCAGUUCCAGCUGGACGUGCGCAUGUGGACGCGCGCGUGGGGGAGGGGGACGAGAUCCGCGCGGAAGUUCGCGGGGAGACGCGGGAGCACGCAGCGCAAUGGGAGAGGGGGGAGAGGAGAGAGGAGAGCGGGGAACAGGAAGAGAGGAGUGUUGAAGGGGCUUUCUCAGACGAUGGGGAGGGAUGGGCGCGGAGGGAGCCGGCGAAGGCGCACCAUGGAGGAGACGACGGCGGAGGGAGCAAGAGACGCAGCGACAGCAGGAACAGCAGCAGCAGCAGCAGCAGCGGAAUCGGGGGCGGGAGCAGCAGCGCUCGGCGGGAGUCGUCCAUCGCUGAUGACGAUGGUGACGAUGAUGGUGAUGAGGAGAGCAGUCUCCGCAACGACGCACGGCCCGCGCACGAAACACCCACGCCCGACGCGCCCAACACAGUCAAUACAGUCAAAACAGUUAACACGGUUAACACGGUUUACACGGUCAACACGGUCAACACGGUCAACACGGUCAACACGGUGAAGACAGCCAACACGCCCGCCACGUGGAUGGCGAGCGCGCUGUCCGAGGGCGAGAACCCCGUGUCGGAAGGCGGUUCCGCACGAGUCGACCUCUUCGCCGCCGGCAGAUUUCAACGCCAGGCGGCGCGCGGAGUGGUGCAGGCUCUCAGGCUUGGGGAUGCGGAGCCGAAGGGGGGCAGGUGGAAAGCGGAGACAGUAGGGGAGAUUGCGGAGGAAAGCGCAACGGAGGAAGACGCGGACCCCGGACCGAGGGACGAUGGCGGGAACGCGGCGGCGGGGGGGAGCGCGCCUGCGCCCACCCCCAUGACAGCGCCGCGAGCCUUCAGCUUCAGGCGGCCAGGCGGCGUCACCCGGCCCGCCGACCUCGAAACGCCCCCGGGAAAACGCCCCCCGCCCCAGCCCUACCCGUGGGCGGGGAAGCACGUGGAGGAGGCGGGCUUGGCGGGUGGGCCGAGCGGACGGCUGUCCCGCGUGGAGGAGCGGAGGUCGUGCGGGGAGGGCAGCGACUGGUGCGCGGAGGAAGGCGAACGAGCGCGCGUACCUCAACCUCCCGCGGAGAGGAUGGCGCAGGAGCCUGAGCUGGUGACGCCCGGGGCGGAGGAUGAGCGGACGGGCUUGGGCAAGGGAAGCCGUCGUCGCCUGGGCGAGCCCCGCACUGGCGGAACCAUUUUCCGCGGAAUCAUGCGGAAGAUCUCCGCGCGUGACCUGGGCGCAGCGGCCGCCGCCGCCGUGGCGAAGGUGGACUUCACUCCGCUCGCCACCGCCGCACGCCUGCCCAGGUUUGCGCGCACUGUGAGUCGCGGAAAGGGUGGAAGCAGCCGCGCAGCGGCGGCGGGGGGGUUGCUGAUGCCGCCGCGCAAGCUGCAGAUCGAGGGGCUAAAAAAAUCCCGCGAAGGCGGGGGAAGGCGGUCGCGUGACCCCAGCCGGCGCAGUCGCGCGGCGAUGCGACGGUCGGCGCGGUCGAGCAGCAGCAUGGCGAUGGCGAUAGGCGACGACUACGACGACGAUGACGUGUCGUUCUGGGCCGGCGGGGAGCGACGAUCGCGCGUGCUGCGAGUGCCGGACGAUGAGGAUUUUGUGCACGCGGAAGACGAGGAGGAGGAGGCGGAGGAAGAAGAGUACGAGGAAGAAGAGGAAGACGGGGAUGAGGGGGAGGCGGAGCAGCGCGAGGCGACGCCAGGAGUGGCGUGGUCGGUGAACGUGCCCGCAGCCAAGGCGCGCGGCAGGACGAACGCGCGGAAGCCGCGCGAGGAGGCCACUCCGCCGGGGCUGCGCGGACGCGGGGAGCAGGACUAUGAGACGUUGCCUGCGGCGUCAGGGGCAAUGGCGGCGGCGAGUGCGGCAGGGGGAGAGGACGAGGAGGAUGGGAACGAAGAAUCAGCAAUGGCAGCAGCAGCAGCAGCGAUUGGCUUAUCGCCUGCGCUGUCCGGUGUGGUGGGGAUGGCUGGCAGGGCAGACGCGGGGGUGGCGAGAGGAGGUGGCGGGGGGAGAGGUGUGCGAGGCAUGGGCGGAAGGGGAAGGGAACGCGGAAGUGGCAGUGCAGGAGGCACGAGGCGAGGAGUGCAGAGGAGCAGCAGCAAAACGAACGAGAGCAGCAGUAGCAGUGAGAGCGAGGGCAUGGGACAGGCAUGGCGGAGGAGGAGCACGAGAGGGGCCAGGAGCAGCAGCAGCAGCAGGGGUGGCAGCGGCAGCGGCAGCAGGGGCAGGGGCAGCAGUGGUGGCAGUGGUGGGAGUGGGAGGAGCAGCGGAAGCAGUGGGGAAGUGGUGGUGGUGGAGGGGGAGAACCGGCGCAGUGUGGAUGCGUUGGAGCUCAAGAAGAAGCUCAGUGGCUGGGUCGCCUCCUCUGGUGUUGCUGCCAUCGACAAGGUGCUGGUGACGAACAUCCGAGCAUCGCUGGCGGCCAUGCGUGCGCAGCUGUGCACAGCACACCCCAAGCUGCACCCCUCGCAGAUCCUCUCUGAUGAUGAGAUGACAGCAGUGGCCAUGCGCAUGCCUGCUGACAGAGCAGAGCUCCUCAAGUUCUUCCCACAGCAUGGGAGCGGGGCGACGGCAGCAGCAGGGGAUGCAGUGCAGGGUGCGGGGGUUUUCAGUAGGGGUGAUGGAGCGGAUGUGGUUGAUGCGCGCCCUCACACGCAGGGCGCUGCUGCUGUGCGCCACAAGCCAGCAGUGGCAGUGGGAGGAGAGGCAAGAGCGGCAGGCAGUGGUGGUGGUGGUGCUGGUGGUGGUUCAGGUGGAGUGCAGUUUCAUGGUCAUGCAGGCCCGUCCAGACACUACCGCCUGCCAUCCCCCGACCAUGCUGCUGCUGCCGCUGCGAACAUUGCAAGUGGUGGCAGCAGGACUGAGUGUGCUUCCCCGGAGCUUGCACUGUACAAGCAGCCCUGUGCGCCACCAGUACCAGCAGCAGCAGCAACACCAGCUCUGGCAGCAGCAGCAGCAGCAGCAAGAGCAGCUCCAAUAGCAGCACCAGCAGCAGCACGGCCAGGGUCGGGCAGCACAAAGACGGCUCAGCGCCCCCAGCACUACCGGCGGCCGUCCCUUGCGCCCCCUGACCGCUUCUCCCCAAUCGUGGCCCCCCCUGUUGCCGCACUGCCAGUGGGGGCGCGGGAGGAGCAGGGGGGUGCACGUGGUGGCGGUGCAGCAGAGGCAGGGGCGGCAGGCAGCGUGGCUGGGAGCAGGGCGAGCGGCAGCAGCGGAGCGGGAUAUGGGGGGCCGGCACAACCCCUGGGGGAACGGUGUGUUAACGUAGGCCAAGGAGUGGGGAGAGGGAGCUAUGGCAGCCUGGAUGGGAGCAUGAGGGAGGGGUGCGAGGGCAGCAGGGACGGCGGUAAGUGGAAGGUGUGGGGCCAAGGGGGCACAGAGCGAGAGGGCGCGGGGGGAUUUCAGGAGAGAGAAAGUGUGAUGGCGCCUGUGCUGGACAGUCUAGACAACCCGCUGCUCAACUCCAUCGCCCCCGCUUUUGCUGCUGCCGCAGGCAAGGAGAACGUGGGUGUGUUUGCAGCGGGGAAGGCAGGUGGUGCGGGUGGGGCAGCAGGUGCAGGGGUGGCAGGUGCGGGCGUGGCAGCAGCAAGGGUGGGAGGAGCAGGAAGAGGGCCAAUGAUGGGUGACAGGCCCCCGCCCACCUUCACAGGCAGAAAGCCCCGCGCCCCUGCACCUGCUUCUGCUGCUGUUGCUGCUGCUGCCGCUGCUGCUGCACCCUCCGCUGCACUGCCCAGCCCACCGGUCGGCACUGCCAGAAAGCCUGGCACACCUGCAGUGCGUGCCACUCCGAGUGCUGCUCUCACUGCUGCCGUGGGCAGGCCAGCAGGCAGCGGUGCCAAGGAGAGUGCAGCAGGCGAGGAGGGUGGGGAGGCGCGUGACAUUGGGAGGGGCAGGGAGCACGUGGUGUCACAGCGACAAGUGGAGACAGCAGCUGCAACAAGAGGGCCAAGAGAAGCAGCAGCAAGAGGAGGAGGAGGAGCAGCAGCAGCAGCAGAGACAGGGUUGGCAGGGGACUGUGGUGGUGCAGGUGUGCAGAUGUCAGGGCAUGCAGGCAGUGCAGGGCACAGGAGGAGUGACGAGAGGAGUGGGCAGGGGCACAGCCAUGGUGAGGCAGCAGGCACGGGCGGCAGGGUACAGGAGCAGGAGAGGGUGGGGAACGUGAGGUCAUUGAGUGGCAGCGGUGGCAGCUUCAGGCAGCGUGCUGCAGCAGCUGCUGUGGCCGCCAUUGCUGCUGCCAGCCCCCCUGGGCAUGCAAGCGUGCGUGGCAGCAGGGGAGGAGCGCAGGCAGUGGGGCAGGCUGGCACCAAAGAGGCACCGCGAGAGGAGAAGGGCAGCAGCACGGCUGAUCGUGGUGGUGGUGCGAUGGUUGGUGACAGUCACGCGAGGAUGGCAGAGGGCUCGGUUGUGGAAAGAGGGGCAGGAGGAGGGGGGGAACAGGGCGGGGCAGCAGCAGGAGGAACAGAGGGAGGAGGCGCAGUGGAUGGGGCAGCAGGCGUGGCUGCGAGGGCAGCAGUGCAGCGCAAGCCACGGCCAGCCACGUGGAGCAAGGGCACGGUGGCGGCAGGUGCUGGGCCACGGCGCACCCCGCGGCCAUUCAACAUGGGCAGUGCGGGGCGUGCGGGCACCAUGGCACAGGCACAUGCUCAGAUGCUGCUGGCACACGGCAGUGGCUCGCACGGCAGUGGUGCCAGGCCAGGGGGCAAGGGCGCUCCAGGCAGUGGGGGGGCAGGCGGGAGCAAGGGAGGCGAGCCGCAGCAGGGAGGGCAGCAGGAGGCAGGGCAGAGAGGGGCAGCGGCGCAGGGAGGGGGGGAGGUGGGGAAGGUCGAGGGGGUGGUGGGGGGGGGAUCAGGACCCAUGGCAACGCCAGCAUCGGUGCUGCGGCCCAAGGCUCUGGCGUUUGGCACAGGGGGCCCAGCCGGGGGCCAGUUUGGGGGCUCGAUGGGGCGGCGUGCAGGGCUCAAGGCCAUGAGCGGGUUCAGAGCACCGCUGCGCACGCCCGCUGCUGCUCCCGGCAGCCAUGGCAGUGGCGGUGGCACCGCGGGGAGAGAGAUGUGA